GACUUUUUUUUUUUUUUUUUUUUUUUUAAAGCUCAGAAAGAAAGACACUCUUACUCAGCAUUAUCCUGAGGUCCUACCUAAACCAAUAAGACAAGAAAAAUAAAUUGAGUGUAAGAGUUGGAAAGGAAGAGACCAAAUUGCCUUUUCCUGCACUGCAUAAAAUGACCUGUAUUCAAAGAGAGAAAGAGAAAAUGAAAAAGAGGGAAGAAAAGGAGGUAGGGAUUGAGGGAGGAGAGAGAAACUAUUGGAGUUUAUCUACAGAGUCAGCAGUUCAGUAGUUACUGGAAAAUAACAGCAACAUACAAAAGACAACAGCAUUCUAAUUCAUCUACAGUAAUGAACUGGAAAAAGAAAAGGGAAAGUAUCCACAUUAAUUCCCACCAUAAACAUACAAAACUCUAAGGUAGCAAGACUUGAUAGUUUACUCCUUUCUGCUCCCGGACGCCGCCAAGUAAGCAUCGUUACAUUCUCCUCCCCACUACCAUCAUGUCUAAAUCAGAGUCUCCCAAAGAGCCCGAACAGUUGCGGAAGGUCUUCCUCGGAGGUUUGAGCUUUGAAACAACCGAUGAGAGACUGAGGAGCCAUUCUGAGCAAUGGGGAACGCUCACAGACUGUGUGGUAAGGAGGGACCCAAACACCAAGCGCUCCAGAGGCUUCAGGUUUGUCACGUACACCACUGUGGAGGAGGUGGACACAGCCAUGAAUACAAGGCCACACAAGGUGGAUGGAAGAGUUGUGGAACCAAGGAGGGCUGUCUCAAGAGAAGAUUCUCAAAGACCUGGUGCCCACUUAACUGUGAAAAAGAUUUUUGUUGGUGGCAUUAAAGAAGACACUGAAGAACAUCAUCUAAGAGAGUAUUUUGAACAGUAUGGGAAAAUUGAAGUGAUUGGAAUCAUGACUGACCAAGGCAGUGGCAAAAAAAAAAGAGGUUUUGCUUUUGUAACCUUCAAUAACCAUGACUCUGUGACUGUCAUCCAGAAAUACCACACUGUGAAUGGCCACAACUAUGAAGUGAGGAAAGCUCUAUCCAAGAAAGAGAUGUCUAAUGCUUCAUCCAGCCAAAGAGGUCGAAGUGGUUCUGGAAACUUUGGUGGUGGUCGUGGAGGUGGUUUUGGUGGAAAUGACAGCUUUGGUCGUGGGGAAAACUUCAGUGGUCAAGGUGGCUUUGGUGGUAGUCGUGGUGGUGGUGGAUAUUCUGGCAGUGGGGAUGGCUCUAAUGGAUUUGGUAAUGAUGGAAGCAAUGCUGGAGGUGGUGGAAGCUACGAUGAUUUUGGCAAUUACAACAGUCAAUCUUCAAAUUCUGGACCCACGAAAGUAGGAAAUUUUGGAGGAAGAAGUUCUGGCCCCUGAGGUGGUGGAGGCCAAUACUUUGCCAAACCAUGAAACCAAGGUGGCUAUGGCAGUUCCAGCAGCUGCAGUAGCUAUGGCAGUGGGAGAAGGUUUUAAUUAUUACUGCCAGGAAAGAAAGCUUAGCAGGAGAGGAGAACCAGAGAAGUGACAGGGAAGCUACAGGUUACAAGAGAUUUAUGAAUUCAGCCAAGCACAGUGGUGGCAGGGCCUAGCUACUACAAAGAAGACAUGUUUUAGAAAAUACUCAUGUGUAUGCAAAAAAACUCGAGGUCUGUAUUUGUGAAUAAUUGUAUAACAGGUUAUUUUAGUUUCUGUUCUGUGGAAAGUGUAAAGCAUUCCAACAAAGGGUCUUAAUGUAAAAAUUUUUUUUUCACCUAUGCUGUUGAUUGCUAAAUGUAAUAGUCUGAUCAUGACGCUGAAUAAAUGUGCCUUU